UUUCUUGAAAGAUCAAAAACAUUAUAUGGUUUUGCUUCUUCUGUAAGUACGAAACCUCAGAACUCAAAGGGCUUCCAUGUUGCAGAUGAUGCUGACAGUUCAAAUGGGACAUGGAAUGAGUUGACUGAGUUUUAUGCUUGCGAGUAUUAUGAUGUUUCUUCAGGGGAUGGCGUCAUGGUUCCACUGACAGUUGUUUAUUCACGGAGGCACAAGCAAGAGGGUAGUCCUGCAUUACUUCAUGGACACGGGGCUUAUGGCGAGUUAUUAGACAAGCGGUGGAGAAGUGAGUUAAAGAGUCUUCUUGAUCGGGGUUGGGUGGUUGCAUACGCUGAUGUUAGAGGUGGCGGUGGAUGCGGUAGAAAUUGGCAUCAUGAUGGAAUGCGUCUGAAGAAGCAAAAUUCUAUCAUGGAUUACAUUUCAUGUUCAGAGUUUCUUAUAGAAAAGGGUAUUGCUCAUAAAGAUAAGCUUGCUGGGUGGGGAUAUAGUGCUGGUGGUCUACUAGUUGCUUCAGCAAUCAAUGCUCGUCCAGACUUAUUUCGGGCGGCAAUUUUGAAGGCUCCUUUCCUAGAUGCAGUGAACACCCUUCUCCAUCCUAUUUUGCCUCUUAACGCAGUUGAUUAUGAAGAGUUUGGAUAUCCUUUGGACCUUGAAGAUUUUCUUGCUAUUAGAAAAUAUUCUCCUUAUGAAAAUAUUAAGAAGGAUUCCCUUUAUCCAUCUGUGCUGGUGACUUCAUCUUUUAAUACAAGAUUUGGUGUGUGGGAAGCAGCCAAAUGGGUUGCAAGAGUUCGUGAGCUGACAAGAUAUGAUCCAUUACAUCCAGUGGUACUCAAUCUUUCGGCCGAUCUUGUUGAGGACAGCAAAUACUUGCAGAUCAAAGAAUUAGCAAUGGAAACUGCCUUUCUCAUCAGAAUGGUAGCAGACACAAAUUGAUUCAUAUAACCCAGCUGCACUAACACUUUGGAGAAGUGUGAGGGAGUCUAAGUUGACUCGUGACCUGGCUCGGGCUCAACUCAGUAAUGGCUCGUGUGCUGAGCUUCGAUGAGCUAAUGAAUCAUGUUUGAGCCAGCCUUGACUCGACUCGUUAGCUCGUGAUCCGGUUCGUUUAAAAACAUGUUAGUAUAAAAUGCACUUAAAAUAUAUUAGCAUUUGUGAUUUUAAGUAUAAUUUUGUGAAAAUUGUAUGAAACUAUAUUUCGCUUCUUUAUGUUAAGUGAUGUUUCAUUAUUUUUAUUAGAA